AAAAUUUUCCCUUUUUUCCAACGACGGUGGGUGAUUACCGUGGCACCUCUCCGAAUCAAGUUUUUUAUUUUUCUCUUUUUUUUAUACCAUCAAAGUGAAAUGUUAAUUCGAUAGUUUUUCAUAAUAUUUUUCAAAUUCAGUAGAAAACAUUUAUUACAAAAAACAAUAAUACGCUUAAAUUAAAAAAUGGCAACGCGUGGCGGACCAAUGAUCACAGGAACUGAUGGCACAGACUUUGAAUACCGACAACGAGUUGCAGCUCCACAUCAAAUUAGCUUGUUGAAUAAAUCCCGUCUGAAGCAUUGCAUCUUCUUCCAUGCGUUGCUCUUCUUUGUUAUGCUGGCCAAACUCAUUUCGGACAUUCUCGAUCGAUUAGAUAUUUUUGUUUUGGAAAUUGAAGAGUUGGAGGUGCCGCCUCCGCUAUGGUGGGAAUAUGUUUGGUGUCUGUCAUUGCUGACGUCGUUCAUUGGUUUGUCGGCUGCACGUAGCAACAAGAUUCGAGAAAUGCAAAAGUAUGUUAUGGCAAUUGGAUUGCUUGGAGUGAUGCCAUUGUUGUAUUGUUUCCUUUAUUACUUUGGCGAUGUAUGGGCUUACAUGACGCUGGAAGAGGGAGUGGACCCUGAAGAGACGGAUAUCUUUUUGUGGAGGGGAAUGCCAUAUGGACUUUUGUGGUAUGCUUUCUGUUUUGUUGGAUUCCAAAUUCAUGGAUUUACGUUAUACUUUGCAUGGAAUCUCAUCCAAGCUUGGAAAGCAAGGACAGCAGCCAGAAAAUACCAAUAAAUAACCACAAAAAAAAAACAUAAAUCACUGUCACCAAUAUUCUAUCACCACCACCUGAUACGUCUACAAACAUCAUAAAACUGUUGACGCAAAAAUGAUGAAUUCCUAUCCCAACCGACAAAAAAAAAAUUACGAAACUAUACUCAAAUGUAGAAAAAAAGUCAAUAAGUAUAUUUUCUAUUAAAUGUUUUAAAUGUUGAAAAAAAAAAAUAAUAAAAAUAAAAAGAAUUAA